UGAGUGUCAGCCUGACGUUGACAGUGACUCACUGGUGACUGUUUUGGCAGUUUAUUAGGUGUCCCAGCUAAAAGCUAACUUAAUGCAGUCUAAUGGCGCAUUCCUUUUGAACUGGGAACUCGGAAUUUCCUAGUUCCCAGUUGAAAUUUCAACUGGAAUGCCCCCUGAAUUCGGAUUUCCGACUCGGAAAGUCGGACGAACUUCAACCUCGAUCUCAAAAUCAAGAUGGCUACUCCGUCGAUCAGCAGUAAAAAAAAAAGCUGUAGUAAUAUACUCUUUAAUAGCACUUGUGUCUUAUUCGUGUCUCAUUAAAAACAGUGACACACGUAGUACUGUCCAACCUCAAUCUGUGAACAUGUUACUACAGUGUUUGAAUGCACAAAAUACCACGCGUUAUUUUAAACUGGUACUGCUAACAACGGCUAAUCUGUCUGAACUGGUACUGAAACUGGAACGCAGUUAACUCGGGUGUGUUGUCAUUCCUGGCUCCGAGUUCCGAGGCGAUUCACUCGGUACCAUCCAUGGAUAUCAUGCUGGCUCUUUUCACACCCUAAAGCUUGAUGUAUGGUUCUCCAUUGAAUCUACGCUGUAGGUACCGCAUAGCUACAGAGCUACUGUUCUGCAGAUUCAGUACAGCACCACCAAGCACGGAUGUGAGCUAUGAGCAGCUGAAGCAGCUCCUGGCUGGUCAGAAAUCUGUGCUUAUAGAUGUCAGAGAACCCUGGGAGCUCAGAGAGUACGGCUUCAUCCCCGGCUCAAUAAACAUUCCCCUGGGACAGGUGAACUCUGCCCUUCAGCUAGGGCCAGAAGAGUUCAGAGAAAAGUAUGGCUGUGAAAUGCCCCAGCAGACAGAUAACAUUGUGUUCACCUGUCUGGCAGGGGUCAGGGCCAAGGAAGCAUUUGACGCAACCAUCCCCCUGGGAUACAAAGAUGUUCAGUAUUAUGGAGGCGGAUGGCAAGACUGGGUGAAGAAUGAGGAGAAGUAGCCCAGAAGAGAAAAGAUAACAGAAGAGGAAAAAUAUCCAAGGUCUUUUUUCUAAAUGAUCCAAGCUCAUAUGGUAAAUGUGUGUCAUGACGAGUCUUGUAAAGGGUUUUUAAAAAGUCCAUGCACUUUUCUGUUGUUUGUUUUUCUCAUCUCUAAAUCCCUAAGAAUUCAAACACAGGGCUCAACAUACAUCAUCAGUUCUGUUAUUUUUCAUUACAUGAUUUAUUCAGAGCUUUUAUAAUAUAACUGCAAGUUACUUGGAAAUUUGUUUCAAACAGCCACUUAUAAACCCUUUGCAACUUGUAAGAAAACACACACACAACUGGUGACUAUUUUAAACUAUACUAUAAUUAUGAAUAGGCAUUGAAGAAUGUGCAAUAUGCAAAUGAAUACUUAACAGAAGCUGAGAAUGAUUGGGUGUUAAUUAGUCUUCUGUUGCAUAUUAUGAAGAGUUUUCACGUUGAUGUGUACUGUGGCGGGUUGUGCAUUAAUGCAACAGUCCGUGGAGUUGUUGCCCGCAUCUUUCAGUCAAUAAAACUUUAUGAUCAACA